AUGUUUUCUUCAAGUGGUUGUCUCUUUUGUGAUCUUCUCUAUAUAAUCCCUCUCAUCACAGCUUUUUAUUUCUUGAGACAAUACAUUCGUGGUGGUCAAUUCAAGGAGAACGUGCGAGCGAACGGGAAAAUUGCUGUGGUUACAGGAGCGAAUUCUGGAGUGGGAAGGGCAUUAUGUGAGGAGUUGAAUAAAAGGGGAGCUAAAGUCUACAUGUUAUGUCGAGACGAGAAACGAGCCGCUCAAGCAAGAGAACAGCUUGUUGAGAACGGUUGUAAUGAUUCAAAUCUUCUCAUUCAAACAGUCGAUCUUGCCGAUUUCUCGUCGAUUCGAGAUGUUGUGAAAAUAUUGUUAACAGAAGAGUCCCAUAUCGAUAUUUUGAUCAAUAAUGCUGGUCUACUUGGUAUCCCACAAUUCGAGAAGACGAAAGAUGGAGUGGAGAAGACAUGGCAAAGCAAUUAUUUGGGUCAUUUCCUAUUAACCGAACUUCUUCUUUCAUCGCUCGAAAAAUCAUCGGAUCCUCGGAUUGUCAAUGUUUCGAGUAUAGUUCAUCCUUUAGCUGAUUCGAUCGAUCUCGAUUACGUGAAUAACCCAAAGAACUAUGGCCGAAUGAAAGCUUACAGUCGAUCGAAAUUGGCGAACAUAAUGCAUUCUCGAGAGUUAUCCACACGUUAUCCAAAAAUUAAAUCUUCAUCUUGCCAUCCCGGCAACAUCAACAGCAAUAUUCUCUCGACAAGUGGAUGGAUAUUUCUCAAGGAUAUCUUCGCUCCAAUCUUUUGGUUUUGCUUCAAGACUGAAAUGGAUGGAGCACAAACACCGCUUCAUCUUGCACUCAGUCAACACCUCAAAGGAAACGGAUUAUAUUAUAGUGAUUGUGUUGUUGUGGAAGAGAGUGAAAAGGCACGUUUCGAUGGAGAUUGUGUCAAAUUAUAUGAACAGAGUCGACAAUCUAUGGAACUAUUUAUUCCGUUAAUUUAUUUAUUUAUUGCAAUUAUUUUUGUUUGCAUUGGUGUUUACGGGAAUUUGAAUGUGAUUUGGGCGAGUAUACGGAAAAAGGAAUUACGGGGAAAACAUGGUGUUCUCUUACAAAUCUUUGUUUCAUUUCACACAAUUUGCCUUUUAUUCGAAUUGAUCUUUACGAGUCUGAACGUUAUAAAUCGUGCCUAUGGAUGGACACAGUUAAACUGUGCCAAAGCCAUGUCAGUCUACAUGUUUGCCUUAUCGGCUCAAGAUCUGCUUGCUUUGAUUAUUGUUGCCGAUUUGCUGGUCGCUAUUUCAUUGCCUAUCAAACAUCGUAUCUGGUCGUUAUCCAUUUACAUUCCCCUUGUCACCACUCCCGCUUUCAUCUUUGGUAUCACAUUUGUUGCUUUAUCCAAUGCGUAUGCUGAUCCAAAUCUAAUCUUACCCGCCUGCAAUCCUUUACUUUCAAUGAACACUUUCAUUGCCGAUAUUUGGCUUUUAUGCAAUUUUGGGAUCAAUGCUGUCAUUCUUUUGCUGUACGCUGUGAUUAGUGCGCUGAUUCGAGUGAAGGCUGGCCAAGUGGCAAAGAAAGUUGUGACACAAAACGCGUGUGUGAUGCGGAAAAAGACCGAUGAGCAAAAGGCUAUUCCAUCUCGCAAUCGAACUGUCUCAAUUGGAGUCGCCCCAAUCGAUUCAUCCAAUCAAUUUGUUCUACCUCAAAUUGUUGUCACUUCU